AUGGCACCUCCCCCUAUCAAACACAAAGCCUUGCUCAACGUCGACUUGGGAGAGGCUUACGGCAAUUAUGUCUGCGGACCCGAUCUGGAAUUAUUACCAUUGAUUGAUCAUGCCAACAUUGCAUGCGGCUUUCAUGCUGGAGACCCCUUAAUCAUGCAGGAAACAGUUCGGAAUUGCAAGAAGUACAACAUCAAAGUUGGUGCCCAUCCUGGUCUUCCCGAUAUUCAAGGUUUCGGUCGACGUGAGAUUAAAAUGUCACCCGAAGAAUUGACAGCCAUGACCAUCUAUCAAGUCGGGGCACUUAAAGGGUUUCUCGAUGCUGAAGGAGUUCAUCUGCAUCAUGUCAAACCCCAUGGUGUUCUUUAUGGAAUGAUGUGUCGAGACUAUGAAGUUGCAAAGGCGGUGAUGCAAGGCAUCCCCAAGGGAACUCCUGUCUUUGGUCUGGCUGGCACGAACAUGGAGAAAGCGGCAAACGAUCUUGGUAUCACGUUCUGGGCUGAGUUAUAUGGUGAUGUGAAAUAUAGCAACGAUGGUAUGCUGGUGAUUGAUCGGAAGAAGAAACCCUGGAAGAUAGAGGACGUCAGGAACCAUGUGAGUCAACAGCUCAACACUCAAUCAGUCACGGCCACAGACGGCAGUGUGGUGCAGCUUCCAGUCAAGGAGUACCCUGUGUCUAUCUGUUGUCAUUCAGACUCACCAGGGUGUUUGGAAAUCAUUAAGACCACGAAAGAGGUGAUCGACAAGUUUAACCAAGAGCAUGGUAGAUAG